AUGGUCUAUUUCCGACCUGCGCCUUCACAGCCUCGAAUGGCUGUAUCUGUUGACCUGCUCUCAUUCUACCGCGCAUUGUUUGAGCGCUCAUGUGACGCGAUUAACGCUCUCGCAUCAGCGCUCAAAAAUCACUACUCCCGGCGGGGUUACCAGAUGACUGACGCCCAGGGCGAAGUUAUACAGGACCCAUUCCGACGAGGCCUCGGCUAUGCCGUGCAAUGGUACGACAUCCUGCAAGUUGAAGUUGAGUGCCAAGUUGAGACGUUUCAAGCAUCCUCUCGAGUCUCGAAUUCACCUUUGCCCACUCAAUGCGCACCCCUUCUAGUGCAACGGUGUCCUGCUUGCUUUGCAGGUAUUCUUCAUGGUAGAUCUACAGAUGAGGGAGGUGACAUUCAUGUCGCAAUGGACGGUAAUUUCCAUCACCGUCAUCGACGUGCUGCUGGAGACUGUCCAAAGUUCUAUGACCCUACUUAUUUUCUCCCGAAAACCUUUGUUGACACGAUUGGGCGCCAUAUUGACACUCAACGUAAGCGACCAGUGAGGUCUCACGUUCCCCUUGUCCCUGAUGAAGCCGUUGACCAAUGCGAGAAUGCUUACGAGGCUGCUGACGGCAAAAAACAGAAAGCGGCAAUGGAUAGCUUCGACGACACUGGAAUCAUGGCCCUUAUCUGUCGUCACGACAUCCCUUUAUUUUUUGCCAACAUAGACUCACCUGGAGAACAGCAAAAGUAUUCGGUAGCCUUACUUCAGCACUUCUUUUCACUUCUCCCCCCCGAAGCUACUGUCGUAGCUCUUUAUGAUGUCGGCUGUGUUUUGGCACGAACACUCUCCAAGCAUGAAAUUCUUCCCAAAAGCAUCACCUCACGCCUUCGAUUUGCAACCACUGCCAUGCACGCAUAUGGGCACGAGUGGGCUUGCCAGCUCGUAUAUAACCCACGAAUAUGUGUGGGUCUUGGCUUAUCUGAUGGUGAAGGGACCGAACGCCUCUGGUCUCGCUUAGUUCGAUUGAUAGGUGUUGAGCGCACUUCUAGUCGCCAACGCCGUUUAUGGUUGAUUGAUCGGCAAGCAGUGGCUAUAGCUUCGGAGAUGCGAACUGAUCUAGGCGACUGGAUCAAACGACGCCUCAGACGGGGCAUCAAGGGGCAAGGUUCAGCAGCCCAAGACGCACUAGAUCAAUGUGAGGUCUCCAUUGAAGAAUUGCAAGCCGAGUGGUCGCAGCAAAGGCAAUCUCAGUUAUCUAUCCGUGCUCAUGCACCCGCCCGCCUCAAGAAGGAGUUGGACACAGUCUUAGCUCUCCAGGCAGAUCUGGACGCCUCAGACAAAGCAUUGCAAACCACCAGGACGAUGUUGGAGAAAGAUAUGGCUUCAGAUGAUACACUAGAGGCUCUCGAAAGUCUAGAGAGGGGACACGAUCGCCUGAUGAACAAGGUCGAGGCUCUUUACUCCUCAUUGAACGUUCAUGACAGAUUUCCUGAGCUUCAUGGCAUCAAUCUCGAAUUUGUUCGCAUCCUUCUCAUGGCACGCGAUCUCAAAAUGAACGUUCGUAAACGUGUGAUUGCGAGUUUCUUUGAGUGGGAUAAAUUAGAUCGAGCAGUCGGUGGCGCUCAGCAAGCGUUAGGUAACGUCAGCCCCGCACUAAUGACCGCUAUCAGGAAAUUUAACUCCUACUGUGAGCGGCUUGAUUCAUUGUAUGAUACAUCCUGGGGGAUUCCACUGCCCGCACCCCUUCCCACCAAACUUGCAGAACUACGUUCUGACCCAGGACUGAUGGAGGAUGUGUGGAUUACACCGUCUCAUGGAGAGGUUCCGCGGUGGUUAGACGACACAUCUACAAGAGAUGGCAUUCGUGCACUUCUCAAGCGUGAUCGGUGUCGAGAGGAGCAGGUUCGGCUAGGUGUUGAGGCCGAUAACCUGUGCCGCUUCUUCGGAAAUGAGUUGGGGGCACUUGAACUUGCCCUUCGGUCGCCAAACAGUGAACCAUUCGCAGUUCUAUUGCAACAACGGCAUGCCAAUUUUAUCUGCCUUCAAACACGAUGGUCAAAUUGCUUGGCUUCUUCGGUACGCUUUACUAAUGAAGUCAGCAAGGCAGUAGCCAUUGCGACCACCCUCUCGGGAGGCUCACCAAACAUGGCACUUCAUUGGAUUAAUGCCAGCAUGCUGGUAGUGUCUGAUUCUGAAGGUUGUGAUGAACUCCCUAUCGUCGAUCCUGACCAUUGCCCCCAAGUCGACUCUGAACAAGCAGCUCUGGCCGAUGUCCUGGAGGGUGAGAUGGGGGCAAUUGAGUUAGAUGACGAUGACUCAACAAAUUACGGGCGCGAUGCUAAUGCUGUGAUUUGCUGGAACCUUCCUGAGAAUCUCCUUGUGGAUGACUUCUGCGUCCCAUCGCAAGAGCCAGGUGUCCUCGACCCUGCUAAAAUUUUCGCGCGAAUACGACCUUCGCAUGACGGAAUCCCUCGUCUAGAGUUUGAUCCAAAAGAAAUCGGUAUACUCAGUUCUCCUACUGCAUGCCUCAAUGAUACAUGCAUUAACAACUGCGCCAUUCUCCUGUGGUGCUCUCAACUGAACACCUCCGCUGCACGGUGUGCGAUACUCUCCACUCACGAUCUUCCCCACAUUCGUUACAAUGCCCCAGACGACAACAUCUGGCGCCAUACAAUGUGGAUUCGUUAUUGGGAAAAAGACAUAUGGGUUCUUCCGAUUCAUCGUCCAUCAGGGAUUGGACACUGGGUGAUGUGCGUCAUCCAGUUGUCGACCAAAGAACUUUACCUGUUUGACAGCAUGGGCGACAGGACCCCUUGGCAAAGUGACGUCAAAGAUAUAAUGAGACUGAUUGCUCGGUUCCUUGCAGUUGCGCGUCAACACGGCCAUCAUGUUCAUAUUGAUCUUGCAGGGUGGGUGGCUCGACCACUGAAUACCAAACGUCUUCAGAAUAACGACUUCGAUUGUGGCGUGUGGGUAUUGGCUGCAAUAUUCGCUGUUAUACGUGGCAGCCGUGUUACAGGCCUACAUGAGCAGGACAUGGGCCAUCUGCGACGCUAUGUGCGGAGUAUGGUGCUUGCAUUACCAGCUCUCUCGAGUUACAGUAAUACAAGGUCUACGUAUAAGGAUUCUUCCCAGUAA